AAGGGACACAUACACACUUGUUCACUUCACAGCUCACGAAAAGUAACACAAUUUGCACAAUUAAAUGCCGAGCACGAGAGCAAUAAAGGACAAACAGUAUAAACUCAAGUGCCAUCCUUGAGUGGGGAUAUCAACGGCUGUGACGGUGUUGGCUUCAAGUCAAAGCAUCCAUUGAAUGUUGCCGGCACUGAAUGUGCCGCCAUUUUCUAGCCAGUGCGUUAUGGAUCUUCUAGCUACCAGGAAGCUGUUCGCUGUGGUCGAAGGCACAGGUGAUAAUCGAGCCGUGACUGGUUCGUACGAUGAUCGGGAGGAAGCGCUGGCCGCUUUUCACACCUCCAAUGGCGGCAGAAUGUUUUCGUUCCGUACCGAAGCUGAGCGAGCUGAGUUUAUGGCGGAUCCUUCGUCAUAUGUGCAAAAUUGCGAAGGUCCAGCGAAGCGGGUGCGUAACAAUGAUGUGCCCAAUAGACGGGUGCUGUUGCGUGAGACAGAGACAAUAUUUUUGGAAAAGCUGUGCGCGGGCAACUAUGCGGCAGUCGCAAAACUGAUCCAAAAGUAUCCGGCAGUGCUGAUCAACGGGCUGAACGCUCCGCGCCGGUAUGAAGGAGCAAAUGCACUGCAAAUUGCGGCCACCUACGGCUUUACCUCGAUCUGCGAGCAGAUCCUCGAGGCGGUGGGAAGCGAUGCGUACGUAGCACAGUUCGAGGGUGGCCCGACCGGUAUGACGUACGAGAUGAGCGCCAUGCUGGUCGAGAUGUAUCUCAACACGCCGGACCGGCACACGUACGAAACCCCGAUCCAUAUGGCGGUCAAGAACGGCCACAUGGAUGUGGUGAAGCUGCUGAUGUCCUACCCGGAGUGUGAGCUGAAGCCGAACAUUAAGGGUCUGUACCCUGGCGAUAUGGUGUGUCGCGAUGCUGAAAGUAAAGGCUGCGCGGAAGCUAUUGCAGCCAUGCUGAAAAAACACUUCUUCGUACCGGUGAUUCGUACCGCCGCGAGCGUUGAGCCUCCGUACGUUGGGGAACCGUUCUGCCGAAAGAAUGUGCCCGAUCUUAGUAACCAUCCGGCCAACAAUAAGUUCAAGUACAAGCGAUGCAUCGCCUCCUUUGUUGGGCCGAUGACUGAGCCGAAGGCGCAGGCAUUCUAUCAGCGCUGGCAGAAUCCAUCGAAAAUGUUGGUAAUACUUAAUGGUUUCGAUGAGCCAGACGCUGAACAGAAGAAAUAAUCUUACUCCUUCGGUUUCAAUUUUUAAUUUAUCAAUUUCUUAGCUAUUCCUACACUUAAUAACUUUGUUCCAUUAUGCGUUGACAUUUCGCCACUGAAUAAAGCAGGCCUUUUUGUUCCAACUUUCAGCAUAUUUCGGAGGCAUGUGUUGUAUGCGGGAACCAGCAAACAAGGUAAGCAAAGUGCGUAAGAUUGUAUUGAACGUGUCGGUGGUUUAGUUCAAACUUUAUUUGGAACUUAAUUGCUGUAUAGUUUACGGCACAUCUAUUCAACGAAUACGGUCGAUAUCCAUAUUGAACGUUUGUUGGGUUUUUCAUCCGGCGCAUUGAGAGA